GCGUGCGUGCGUGAUGCACUACAGACUCCCUCUGCUGUCCUGCUGGAAUCUUCAGCAAACACGGAAGAAGCGGGACAACGCAGUGGUAAAUGCCAAAUAAUGGUCUGGAUAACACAAUUGUAGAUAUCAACAGCGAGGCAGAUCCACAGAAUCCAGUCCUGUGCGCUGAGCUUCGGCAGGGAUGUGAGGCUUACAGCGCUCUAUAGCGCGGCUCUAUUUCUACUGGAUCAGCACAUACUCUCUAUAGGCAGACUGGACUGGCAGUGCCUAUAAGGAUAUCAGAAUUGACAGACUGUCUUUCUCCAUGUGGCCUGCCGAAGCGCAUUCUGGGCAUUAUAUAUGAAGAGACACUCUGAACCAAUUAAGAAUUUUUCAUGAGAAAGAAAUAAAAAAACUCAACUCUGUCCAGUUGGAUUAAAUUUGAAUGCUAAGUGCAUUGUGAUUUUUUUUCAGUCCAUUUAUUCUCUUCCCCUUACCUCUUGCCCAUUCACCCUGCUGCAAGUUCUGUCUCUCUGUUGUGCUGGAGGACGCAGUGGCUCAGACAUGUCGGCCAAGGCUCCCAUAUACCUUAAGCGACGAAGCCGUAAAGGAAAGAAGGAAAAGCUGCGUGACCUUCUUUCAUCCGACAUGAUCAGUCCUCCGCUGGGAGACUUCAGACACACCAUCCACAUUGGAAGUGGAGGAGGUGCCGACGAUCUUUUCGGUGACCUGUCUUUCCUACAAGGUAAAUUUCACCUGUUACCGGGUCAGCAAAGUCAUCAAGAGUCCUUCCAACUAAGUCGCACGGCAAGUGUAAGCAGUCACCCGCCAGCCAGCGAGAGCUCGCCUCUGCUGAAAAAUGCCCUGUCGCUGCCUAUCAUUGGAGGGGUGCAGGCGCUCACACUUCCGCCUGUGACCUCAGCAGGAACGGUGAAUGCUGAGAUCCCAACAGCCCCGAUAACAACCCAAUCGCCCCCAACAUCUCCGUCUCUCGCUCCACCUCCCAAACCUCCCAGACUGCACCUGGAAGAGAGGAACUUGUCACCACAUACAUCGCUUCGGCAUACAUCUCCAGACCGCUAUCCACUUAAUUUGCACACAUUUGGGCAGAGUCCAGAGGAAGAUGAGAAAUUUGUGAAGGAUGGGGGAGAAAUGCCGUAUUUGUCCAACGCCGGCUCUAUGCUUUCCCUCCAUCUUGACUUGGGGCCAUCCAUCCUAGAGGAUGUGCUUCAGAUCAUGGACAAUGAGAGAACAGGGACGUUCAGUGGCCAACUUACACCCAGUGGACGACAAGAGAUAUAUACCUGAAAGUGAACAGAGAAGCGGGUCAAAGCUUGAUGAUACAUAAUUGAGCUAAUCACAUUUUUCUCCAUGCAUCAAAACAUUUGUCCAUCUGAGAGAACUCAUUUAGCUGCUGUACAAUGGCAUUUCCUGGAGACUUUGUCCUUUUUUUUUUUUUUUUGCUUAUUAUGCAUUUAAUCUUUGGAAAAGACCUUUGGAAACUACAUGAUUUGAACCAAUCAAAAUUGAAUCGGUUUCAUCAUUGGAUUUCUCUGUUGUUUAAAUGGAUGGUUUUAAUUCAUUUUUGUUAUUUUUGGACUACAAUGUAACAAUUCUGUCUUUAGAUUUACUCUUAGAUACAUUUAAUCUGAAAGCAUUUUAGUAAGCACAUCUCAAACUUACCUGCAUUGAGUGUAGAGUAUGUACUAUUACAGGGCAACAUCCUACAUGCCUCCUGGAUACACUACAGGAAAAGAAAAACUGACAUUUUCCUCUUUCAGAGCAGCGAUGACAUCAUCUCCCCCCUCUGUGUUGUUGCAAUUUGUGUAAUCGGGUAAAAAUGCGCAGCUCCUCCCUAAUGAUCUGGACACGCACACGCGCCAGGAGGCCUGUGUGUCUACACCCUGGGAUUUUAACGUUCUCUUUUUUUAUGGGGAGUAGUUCUUCAUUGUUCAGAAACAGAAACCCAAUGGCUAGCUUUUCACUGAGCAGGAAUAUGGAAUGUUUUUUUUUUUUUUGUCAUAAAAUACUCAUUUUUUCUGUGUUUGGUUGUUGUUGAGGUGUCUGCGAUCCCUCAGGCAUUGACAGAUGAUCACUUUUCAUGCAGCAGUGGUGUUUCCUUUCUCCGAUUGAGCGUGAGCGAUGGGGCCAAAAGAGGGGCUUGUGUUACCUUGGUAUCCCCCAUGUAACCCACCCCACAGGGGUUGUGAAUGCUCUAUGCUUUCCACUCACAGAUUUUGACUGCAGUAUUAUUUUCUUGUUGAAUUAAAAUGAAUAACUCUUUACUUUUUUCUAA